AUGAAAUUAACGGAUUCGUUUUAUUACGAAGAAACACGUGGUCAAUGUGGUCGUAAAUUAUUACGUGAAAUUGGCGAAGAACGUCGAACAAAAAUUCGUUUAUAUGCAUAUGAAAGUUGGCCAAAACCAGCUUUGAUUUCACAAUGGACAAUUAAAACAGUCUGGUGGUCAAAAACAAAAUGUCAAAUUAUUGAACAGCUAGGCCAUCGAACAAAUAUUACAAAAGGCCAUAUGAAAUGUUUGGGUAAUGGUCGGUUGGAAAUAACUGGACAAUUUCAACGUCAUACUGAUGCUUGUUUUCGUCUUGUUCUAUCAUCACAAGUAACAGAUGAUGAUGUAACUGAUCGUUAUAUAUUAUCAGGAGAUCUUGAACUCGGUGAUACAAAAGAUACAAUGCAACAAAGUCAUUUUGCUGUAGUCAAGUAUGAACAAAAACAAUAUCAUCAACAUAAACAUACUGUUAAUGAUUAUUAUAUGAAAGCACGUCGUUUAUUAUUGCUCGGUUGUGUAUAA